UUGAACAGACCGUUCUCAUUCAAUGCUGGGGGCAAAGCCUGGGUUUUGUUACGGUAGCCACUACGCAUGAAAUCCAUUGUCGCUGUUGCAUUGUUUGACAACUUUUGUCCCUCGUAUCGGAAUGAGAGCCGUCCGCUCUAGUUUCAACUGCCGUUCUGCCUUCCCAUCCUCCGUCAAAGCCAGUAUUCAGUAGUUUCCAUACGAAACAGCCGCGUAGAUCUUUGUACUAUGUCGCAGAAAAUCCAAAGUGUGGCGUUGCGGCGCAGUGGUGGUUCCGCAACUUGAAAGACUUUCGAGCCGAAAAAGUACUUCAUCAACAACAAUAUAUCCUCUUUGUCUCAAGGAAUCGCGCCAGUGAACCACGCACUCCUAUCGCUGCGCAUAUCACUGGCUCCUUCACAUCGCAUUCUUGCCUACUUGGCAAGUCGGGGUCGACUGCCCAAGCCUCCUCAAAGUCCCAGUAUGGCACUGACUGCGGUCGAAACAAAGCCUGAUUCGUUCUUCGAUGAUCGAAAGCCUCUUGCGCCCCCACCAGCGGUCGCAAUAACACCUGCCGCUGCUCUCCCUCAACCAUACUACGUUGAAAAUGGUCUGCGCCGCGUUGCGCCAUAUCACUUCACGUACAACACAUACUGUAAGCAGCGAUGGCGUGGGCGGGAGAUACUCGACAUUUUCGCUGCAGAAUUUCGUGAUCGGACAAGGGAAUACUACAAAGAAGCGAUCGAAUCAGGACAUAUUCUGAUCAAUGGGAAACCAUGUAAUGAUAUUCAUACCGUUGUGCAGAAUGGAGAUGUCAUCUCACAUACCCUACAUAGACAUGAGCCGCCGGUGACCGCACAACCUAUCCGAGUGAUACAUGAGACAGACGAGAUGAUUGUCAUCGACAAACCUGCUGGAGUACCUGUCCACCCUGCCGGGAGGUACAAUCACAACUCAGUCGUCGAGAUCAUGAAAGCUGAGCGCCAUUCCACUUUCAAACCACUGCCGUGCAACAGACUGGAUCGACUAACCAGCGGAGUCAUGUUCAUUGGUAAGACAAGCAGGGAAGCUGAAGUCAUCAGCGAGAAACUGCGUGGCCGGACCGUGCGCAAGGAGUACGUUGCGAGAGUGAAGGGCAGGUUCCCAGACGGGGAGGGCUGGGAUGGAAGUCCCAUGCGCGGUGGUGUCGUUAGCUGCGAAGAGAGCAUUCUGCAGAUCAGCCCAAUUGUUGGCCUCAACCGGGCUCGAGCAAGCGGGAAGUCUGCCAAAACACUCUUCAGGCGGUUGGCAUACUAUCCCCCACACAAGCAGAAUGAACCACAGUCUGCGGACACCGGGACGAGCUCUGGAGUUGCUCAACCUGCACCAGCGAUAUCUGGCACGGAGAAUGACGGCUAUAGUAUUGUCCACUGCCUGCCGCUGACGGGACGAACUCACCAGAUCCGUGUACAUCUUCAAUUUCUGGGCCAUCCGAUCACCAAUGACCCUAUCUACAGCAACAGAGCAGUGUUCGGUCCUUCUCUUGCACAGAACGAGUCGACUGGAGAGAGGGACGAGGAAAUUAUUGCCAGGCUUAAGAAGGUCGGCAAGACCGAGGUCUCGGACUCUGUUUCGUACGAGCAGGAGCGUUCAGAUAAGCACGUGGAUCAAACUCAGCAGAUGACCGUAUCUGAGGCUGCUAGAAUGACGGACGGCGAGCAGAUUGCGCAUUUCAAGCCGUUGAAUGCAGGGACUCUACAUGCUGGAUCAACGUCGAGACCUGGCGAAGACCCUAUGCACGAUGAGGCCGAAUACGGAGCAUACAUCAAAGCCCACGAUGAUAUGGUAGCUGACUACAACAAGCGUAAAGGAGAGAAGAUGACGGGAGAAAAAUGCGCCGUUUGCGAUACUCCAUUGUACUCAGAUCCUGGACCACAUGAGCUGGGCAUAUAUCUCCAUGCUCUCUCAUACGCAGACUUGGUGCCAGGAAGCUGGAGCUACCGCAGUCCUGUACCGCAAUGGGCUUUACCACCCGCAGGCUAUGAUGGCCCUACGGAUAUUGAUGGUUGGGAGUACGAAGGAGAGGAGGUGUUAGAGAUAGGUGAUGAAAGGGAGGAUGAGAGAGUCAAGAACCUUCAAGGCGCCGAAAGGAACAAGGCAGAAGGUCUCUGACGUGC